CGGAACUGAGGGAUUCGGGGGACAGGCUAUCAAUUUGAGUUAGCUUACCAAUAAGAUGGAGGUAGAGCAGCUCCUCUCUCUCUCAGGCCCGGCGUUGGCCCAGGCAAUAAGUUCUCUGCUGGAGACACCAGGCCUCUACGUGUUCUCAGACAUCCUUGAGCUGCCCAACGUCAGAGAGCUGGAGACAGGCCCGCACGCUCCAGUGUAUCAGCUACUCAACCUCUUCGCCUAUGGAACCUACUGUGACUAUAAAGGUACGAGCGUGGCAGGCAGCGGUGCUGUGUGAAUAAGUCAUGUAGUGGCCCUGGAGCUGUUUUAUUAUUAGCAGUAUUUCUCUCCCUGCUCAUCGGCCCUGCAGGCCAGGCAACUCAUCAAUGUCGUAGGUUGUCACAGCCCCCGAUCAUUUACAGAGUCAACCACAAGACUUUAUUUGACCCUAUACGAGGAGCCAAGUGACAAUGUUUGGCACGGCAGAGGUUGCGUCCCCAAUAACCUCUCCUUUCUCCAGAAGUAUGCACUUGUUCACUUUCCUUCGGGGAUUUGGAAUUAAAGAACUGGUAUAUGAAAACUCCCGCUUGCAUUCCUGGUGGAAAAAAAUGGGGUCCCCAGAACUUCUGGUGGAAUAAAUGGGGUGCCUGCCGAAACAGUUGACUAUCACUGCUUUAGCCUGCCUACACCAAUCCAAUGCUUUUACAUUUGUGGGGAAUAGUGAACAAGUGCACACUUUAGGAGGAAGGUGAGCUCAUUGGGACUCAACCAGGGACAGACUUCUCUGAUGUUUUGUUAGACAUUCAUAGUGGUUGCAAUUUCACAAACUGCCAAAUGAAAUCCUGAAUGCCCUUUGAAAUACCGGAAUAUGUAAAGGACUUGUCAUUCUUUAGCAACACAUUUAUGUAACAAGACUUCAAUAAGAGACGAGCAAAACGGAAGAGAGAAAUACAAAUCUUGUUAUGUCAACACAUACCGUAUUCACUUUCAUAGUGCUUUUUAGAAUUGCAAAAUGGAACACAGAUGAAUACUCUUUUUUUUUCUUUUUUUUUUAAAGCAUCCACAUGCGCAGGCUCACACACACACUCAAAAUAUUUUUCAUUGUAUUCCCUUCUGUAAUUCAGCAGGCAGCAGCAGUUUCUGCCUGGACAGAGCCUGUACGCUUCUUUGUAGGGAUGUUUCCCUGUCAUAAUGUGUCUCCUUUCUGUUGCUCUUUCGCUGUCUCUUUCUUUUCCUUGUCUGUUUGUGGUAUGUUAAUUCUUUCAGAGAGGGCAGCCUCUCUCCCAGAGUUGACCCCAGCCCAGAGGAACAAACUCCGUCACCUCUCCAUCAUCAGUCUGGCAUCUAAUCUCAAGUGCCUGCCCUACUCCCUGCUCCUGCAGCAGCUGGAGCUGAAGAAUGUGCGGGAGCUGGAGGACCUGCUGAUUGAGGCGGUCUACUGUGACAUCAUUCAGGGCAAGCUGGACCAGAGGAACCAGCAGGUGGAGGUGGACUGCAGCGUGGGCCGAGACCUGGGGCCCAAUGAGCUGCCCAACAUAGCCAACACACUGCAGGAGUGGUGUUCAGGGUGUGAGGCGGUCCUGUGUGGGAUCGAGGAGCAGGUAACCAGAGCCAACCAAUACAGAGAGAGCCAGCUGAAGGUCAAAGUUCAGGUGGAGACAGAGGUGUCAAACCUCCAGAAAACGCUAAAGGCCAGCUCCGCCUCACCGUCGUCCGGCCCCGCUGCCGCUGGAGCCGCAUCCAAUCAGGAUGCAGACCAGCCGGCCGAGCCACGAGACCCCGCCUCCUCUCAGGAACCACGGCAACCGGGCAAGAAGAGUUCAAAGGUCAAAGGGCUCCGUGGAAGUGGGAAGAUCUGGUCCAAGUCCAACUGAAGGCAGAGAGACCCCACUGAUCCGCUGUCAGAUGCAUGGACUGAGACACAGGCUGACAGACACAUAGACCCACACAGACUCAUAGACCGAUAAUGUGACCCGUGCACAGACAGACACUGAGAUUAACACACACCUUCACACAUCCAUGCACGCACGGAAACACACACACAUAUAUACAGACACCGAGUCCGACAGACACACUGUCAGUGAGUGAUAGACUUGACACCCAUUCUGAUAGGUGUGUACACACAACCAGACAGACGGACUAUCUGCACUGUGUAUAUACACAGACCCAAACCCAUUCUAACAUGUACACAGAGACAGAGACAGAGAAUAAUCUGCUCUGGGCAGAGCUUUGCUGCUGUCGGGAGAAGCAGCGCCACGGGCACUGAAACCGAAUGUGUGUAUUUGAUGUAUUCUAUUGUGUUACACUUUUUGUUAGUAUUUUUUUUUUCUGCUGAGGAUUGAGUUGAGACGUGUAUAAAAUCAGGAUAUGAAUUGUUGGUAAUAAAUUGAACCCCCUCUAUUCAUUUUA